AUGUCAAACGCAUCAACAAUAUCGUCUAGCGGUAGCUCAGAGAUUGACACAGAGCUUUUCGGUCCACUGGCCGCAAUAUCGGAAGACUCACUCAUCAAACUCGCGUGUCGAAUCGGCCAAGACGUUCUUAACAUUCCCUCAGAUGAUGCUGGCGAAGCAAGAUUUCUCAAGCGUAUCUGUGGCUCAUACAACAUAGUUCAUGUCAUGGAAGUCGGAACAACAAAGCUCGUCAUUCGAGUUCCCGCUACUGGAUGGGGUGCCAGAAUGACAAAGGCUGCGGCAAAUGCCCUUGAGUCGCAAGUAGCAACAAUGCGUCUCAUUCGAAGGAAAACCCAAAUGCCCGUGCCUGAGGUGUAUACCUUCGACACAACCAACAACAAUGAGAUAAGCGCACCUUUUAUUUGCAUGAGCUUCAUCCCAGGAGAGACUGUACUCCAUGUCUGGCUUGACGACUCGCUUGAGGAGACAUCUCGAGAUAACCUCCGCCUUAACAUCUUGACCAGCAUAGCGAAGAGUAUGGCUCAGCUUUCAUCUUUAACCUUUGAUAGGAUUGGCUCCAUCAUGGAAGAAGAAGAAGGGACUCUUGGCCCGACAUUUGAUUGGGACGUGCAAACAGAUGGAAGUGUUAGAGUUAUAGCAACUCGAACAUAUGUUUCGGUCACCGAGUAUCUCGCGUGUCAGAUGGACUGGAAGUUUACAAAGAACUCUCACAUCAGUGAGGCUGUGUGGAAUGCAGCACUUAACUCUCUCAUCAGGAUGGGUAUCGUGAGUAAAUUCGUUGCCACGGCGCUUGGAAUCCAACAGAAAGGGGAUGCUCUGUCUGUUCUUUAUGACAUUGCAGAUGACGGUUAUAGUCAGCAAGACUGGUACAAUUUGAAGGUAAAGCCAACGUCAUUGGUUCGCGGCACAAGCUUUCUCGCAGGCGCAGCUUGA